AUGCCCGCCUACUAUGGUCAUACUGCGGAUACCGAAAUCGACUCGGCGAAAAGACACAUCGAUACACUCGAGCACAGCUUGAGCAACUCCAUUCGCCGGUACAAUGAGGCUGUCGAUUAUGCCAAGAACUGCGAGCAUAAUGGGCGGUCCAGGAACACAGGUGAGCCCCCAUGCGCUUGCGAACUACUUCAGGAGCUGUCAGUUCUAAUGAGGAAAGUCUCGAAAGCGUGGAAGCAGGUGAGAAAAUGGGAGGAAGAUGUGGCCGAGAGGAGAUUCCGCAUCGAUAAUGCGCGACACCAUCUUGACGAACUCCGCGAAAGGAGAUACCACGAAGAAGCUAUCAUCGAGGCCAGUCACGACCGGCUCCCAACCGAGAUCAACCAGGCCAUCGCUCGCGAAAUCUAUUUCAGUGGAAGGACCCGCCGCUACAAUUAG